AUGGGUGGAGAGGAGACCUUGAUCGUCCGUGCCGCUCGGGUUGAAGUUGGGUUCGCCGCACUUGAAUUCUCUGUACUCACCCCCCUCUCUCUCUCUGUCUGUCUGUCUGUCUCUCUCUUUAUCUGUCUCUUUCAUCCUUUAUCCAACUUCAUUUAUGGUUUUCUGACCUUCUCUCUUCCUUUUAAAUCUGCUCUCUUUUUUUCUAUUGUGAAUUUUUACUCUUUCUUUUUCACGUUUUUCUCCUUCUUUACACCUAUCUUAUUUCCCCUCCUCCUCCUCUCUCGAUCUUUUAUUCAAGCUAAAAUCGAGGAGGCCUUUUUACUUGAAGGUUUCGAAAAUGAUGAAUCCAUACGCUAUCGUUUUCAUUACUUUUUUAUCUUUUCGAUUCAUUCUUUUUUUUUUUUCUUUCUUUUCUUUUUUCUUUUCUCCAUUCACAUGCUUUCUUUCUUUCUUUUCAUUUCAUUUCAUUUAAUUCUUUCUUUCUUUUUUUUUUUCUUUCUUUCUUUGUCCAUUCUUUAUUUUCUCAUUACCUCUUUUUUUCUAAAAGUUUUCUUCUUUCAUUCUUUAACUUUUUUCUUUCUUUCUUUAUUCUCUUUAGUUCCUUCUUUUAUUCUUAUCUUUCUUUCUUUCUUUCUUUCUUUCUUUCUUUCUUUCUUUCUUUCUUACUCUUUCUUUCUUUCUUUCGUAGUGAUAGUAGUAGUAGUAUAUACUCUUUCUUUUAUUCUUCGCUCUAAUAUCUUGUUUUUCUUUCUUUUUCUUUUUUUUUUUCUUUUUUCUUUCUUUUGUGAUCUUUCUCUUUCUUCUUUCAUUAUUGCUCUUUCUUUCUUUCUUUUUUUCUUUAUAUUUUCUUUUUAUUCUUUUUUUUUUCUUUCUUUUCCUUUCUUUCUUUCUUUCUUAGUACUCUUUCUUUUUUCUUUUUUUCUUUUCUUUUUCUUUUUUUUUUCUUUCUUUUCUAUUCUCUUUAGGUUCCUUCUUUUUAUUCUUUUUCUUUUUUUUUCUUUCUUUCUUUCUUUCUUUCUUUCUAUUUUUUGUAUUUGGAUUCUUUCUUUCUUUCUAAAUUUUCUUUCUUUCUUCAUUAAUUUGUUUUUUAGUAUCAAUGGUUUCUCUUUAGUAUUCCUUCUUUUAAUUCUUAGCUCUUUCUUUCUUUUUUCAACCUUUUUUUUUUUUUUCUUUCUUUCAACUCUCUUUCUUUUUUCAAUUUCUUUGAAUACUAUUCUCUUCUCCUUUGUUAUAUUCUGUUUUUUCUUCCUUUUCUGUCAUUCGUUCUUUUCCAUGAAUUUGUUGCUUGUUACUUUUUUUCUUUCUUUUUACUACGCCCUUUCUUUCUUUCUUUCUUUCUUUCUUUCUUUUCUUUCUUUCUUUCUUUCUUUCACAGUUCUUUUUUCUUUCUCAGCUCUUCUUUCUCUCUUUCUAUUUCAUUUCUUUUUCUGCUCUUUUUCCUCUCUUUCUUUCUUUCUUUCUUUCUUUCUUUCUUUCUCAGCACUUUUUUCUUUCUUUCUUUCUUUCUUUCUUUCUCAGGUCUUUUUUCUUUCUCUCUUUCUUUCUUUCUUUCUUCCUCAGCUCUUUCCUUUCUUUCUUUCUUUCUUUCUUUCUUUCUUUCUUUCUUUCUUUCUUUCUUCUUCUUUCUUUCUUUCUUUCUCAGCUAUUCUUUCUCUCUUUCUUUUUCCUUUCUUUCUUUCUUUCUUUCUUUCUUUCUCAAUACUUUUUCCUUUUUUUCUUUCUCUCUUUCUUUCUUUCUUUCUUCCUUUCUCAGCUCUUUUACCUUUUUUUCUUUCUCGGCUCUUUUCCUUUCUUUCUUUCUUUCUUUCUUUUCUUCUUUCUAUCAAUUCUUUUCCUUUCUUUUUUCCUUUUUUUUCUUUCUUUUUUUUCUUUCUUUCUUUCUUUCUCAGCUCUUUUUUCUUUCUUUCUUUCUUUCUUUCUUUCUUUCUUUCUUUCUUUCUUUUUCUUUUUUUUUUCUCUUUCUUUCUUUCUUUUUUCUUUCUUUCUUUCUCAGCUCUUCUUUCUCUCUUUCUUUUUCAGCUCUUUUUCCUUUCUUUCUUUCUUUCUUUCUCAAAACUUUUUCCUUUUUUUCUUUCUCUCUUUCUUUCUUUCUUUCUUUCUUUCCUUCUUUCUUUCUUUCUUUCUUUCUUUCUCAGCUCUUCUUUCUUUCUUUCUUUCUUUCUUUCUUUCUUUUCUUCAAGCUCUUCUUUCUUUUCUCAGCUCUUCUUUCUUUCUCAGCUGUUUUUUUUUUCUUUCUUUUUUCUUUUUUUUCAACUUUCUUUCUUUCUUUUCUUUUUUCUUUCUUUCUUUCUUUCUUUUUUUUUUUUCAGCUCUUCUUUCUUUCUUUUUUUCUUUCUCUUUUUCUUUUCUUUUUCUUUCUUUCUUUCUUUUUCACUUUUUUCUUUUUUUUUCUCUUUCUUUUCUUUUUUUUUUCUUUCUUUCUUUCUCUUCUUUCUUUCUUUCUUUCUUUUCUUUCUUUCUUUCUUUCUUUCUCUUUUUUCUUUCUUUUUCUUUCUUUCUUUCUUUUCUUUCUUUCUUUCUUUCUUUCUCAGCUCUUUUUUCUUUCUCUCUUUCUUUCUUUCUUUCUUUCUUUCUUUCUUUCUCAGCUCUUCUUUCUCUCUUUCUUUUUCAGCUCUUUUUCCUUUCUUUCUUUCUUUCUUUCUUUCUCAAUACUUUUUCCUUUUUUUUUUCUCUCUUUCUUUCUUUCUUUCUUCUUUUCUUUUCUUUCUUUCUCUCAGCUGUUUUUUUUUUUUCUUUUCUCUCUUUUUCUUUUUUUCUUUCUUUCUUUCUUUCUUUUUUCUUUUUCAAUACUUUUUCUUUUUUCUUUUUUCUUUCUUUUCUUUUUUCUUUCUUUCUUUUUUCUUUUUCUCAAUUUUCUUUUUUUUCUCUUUUUUUUCUUUCUUUUUUCUUUCUUUCUUCCUCAGCUCUUUUCUUUUCUCUCUUUCUUUUCUUUCUUUCUUUUUUCUUUUUUCAGCUCUUCUUUCUCUCUUUCUUUUUCAUUUUCUUUUUUUUCUUUUCUUUCUUUCUUUCUUUCUUUCUUUCUCAAUACUUUUUCCUUUCUUUCUUUCUUUGAAUCUUUCUUUCUCAGCUCUUUUACCUUUUUUUCUUUCUUUCUUUUUUUUUUCUUUCUUUUCUUUUUUCUUUUUUCUUUCUUUUUUCUCAAUUUUUUUUCCUUUCUUUCUUUCUUUUUUUUUUUUUUUUUUUCUUUUUACUUUUUUUUUCUUUCGUUUCGACUCUUUUUCUUUCUUUUCUUUCUCAGCUCUUUUUCUUUCUUUCUCAAUCUUUUUCCUUUCUUUCUUUCUUUCUUUCUUUCUUUCUUUCUUUCUCCGCUCUUUUUCCUUUCUUUAUCCAUUUUCUUUAUUCUUUCUCCAUCCAUUUUUUCUUUCUUUCUCCUUCCAUGUUUUUAGUAUUUUUCUCACCCUUUCUUUCUUUCUUUCUUUCUUUCUUUUUUUCUUUCUCUCUUUCUUUCUUUCUUUCUUAACCAUUUUCUUUCUUUCUCCAUUCACUUCCUUUUUUCAUCAUAGGUUUCAUUUCUUUCUUUCUUUCUUUGGACUACACCAUUUUUUUUUCUUUCGUUUUUAUGCAAGUAUUCUCUCUAACUUAUUUUAUUCUAUUCUUUUUUUCCCCCGUUUGUUCCCUUCCUUAUAA